UUAUUCAACUCACGCUUAUGAAACAGCUCCCGUUCGCUUCGCUAAAAUAUUGACAGCAGUUGUCCGUCUAAGGACCUUCCUCCAUGAUUUGCCGAGCUGGAUUAACAUGAUCGCUCACUCAAAGAGCCACCAAAAGUCGACAUAGAGAGGCUGAGUUCCCUGAGCUCAGAAGGGGAGGAUGAUCUUCUCCUGUGGGGCAUGGAGGCUCAGGACACGGCUGAGCUCCAGGACAAGACGACAAGCCUGACGCCCAGCGAGGGCACCGAGCCUGGCAGCCCGGCCCGCUUCGCCCGGGCCCACAGCCUCAGCCCCGAGCCUAGCCCCUGGGCUGCCAGCGGUGGUGGCGGUGGCGGCGGCGAGGGAGGGGCCUUGAGUGGCGCUCGCAGGGAUGGAGACAAGGCACCGCCAGCAGUCUACAGUCGGGCCGAGGAAGAGGAGCUGGCCCACUACGACUUCCUGGCCCAGCUGAGGAAGGCCUCCCACCCCGGCGGCCUCCUGGAGAGCCAGACACACAAUGGCAGCGGCGCCUACCACGUCCGCGGUGUCCACGACGACACGCCGCCGCCCACCUGCUGGUCGCCUGGGGAACAUGAGUCACCGGAGGAUAGAGGUAAAGCCCCCUGCCGCUGGAUGGACACGGCUCACUUGAAAUGCCAUUUCUGCGCUGAUGGCCACCACUGUGGCCGAGGUGCUUUCCCAAACCGGCAUUCUGACAUCUUUGACAUCCCCCCUAUGGUCAUGAACCACAACGGAGUCCCACUGAGCCCCGACGCCCUCAGAGGUCUGCUGGCGUGCCCGUUCUGCCAGCGCACCUACCGGCGCGAGGCGGCGCUCCACGAGCACAUCAAGUUCUGCCACGAGAGGGACGAGGGCCAGAGCACGUGCCCCAUCUGCGGCUUCAGCGCACCCUACAGGGCACAGAUGGAGAGGCACAUGCUACUGCACAGCCAGGCUCAGGAGAAGCCUCUCUCUGACACUUCUAUGGAGAGCAGAAAGUUCAAAUGCUUGCAGUGUGGGAAAGCCUUCAAGUACAAGCACCACCUCAAGGAGCACCUCAGAAUCCACAGUGGUGAGAAACCGUAUGAAUGCACGAACUGCAAGAAGCGUUUCUCUCACUCAGGUUCCUACAGCUCUCAUCUCAGCAGCAAGAAGUGCCUCAACGGGGGAGGAGCAGGAUCAGGAGGAGGAGGAGGAGGAGGAGGAGGAGGAGGAGGAGGAGCAGGGCCCUUUAACGGUCACCCCCACCCAGCCUACCUCCACUCCUCCCCCACGUCACCCCUUACAGCUGGAGGUCGCAACAGCACCGUAGGGAAGGGAUCUCCAUAUGCCCAGGAGAGGCAGCUGGGGCAGCUGGGGCAGUUACCAGCCAACCACCAACCAGUCCCUCCCCAGGAGCAGGGCGUGGCCGGCCUCCGAGGCCGGGACCUGAGCAGGCUUUGGGACCCUACAGCGGAGCUCUCCCUCAGGGCCAGCGUCUUCAAAGGCACCACCCUGCUACCCUACCUCUACUCCGGUAGCAAGUUUGAGCACCUGCUGCAGGAGAUGCUGAGGAGGGAGGUGCAGCGGCAGGACGGGGGACCCAUCCGGGAAGAGGAGAGGCCAGGCCGAGGAGAAGCCAGGGGCUCGCCGGAGAGGAGCAGGCACGGAGAGGCUCCGGCGCCUGGAGGGGUGACGUGCCCCUGGUGCUCUCAGCUCUUCCCGAACAGCGCCGUACUGCUGCAGCACGAGCGCUACCUCUGCAAGAUGAACCACCGCAGCGAGGCAGCUAUGGAGGCGGCCGACAACCCCAGGGCCAAAGAUGGCUCCCCACUCAACUUCUCCAGGCCCUCUCCGCAUCGGCAUUCACAUCCGCAAGAACCCCAGAAGACACCCACAGCCCUCAGCAAUGGCCUCCCCAAAGAGCACUCGCCGCUGCAGCGCAGCCCCUGGCAGUCAGUGCCCCAACAGCUCCUGGUGGCCAUGCAGUCUCCCAUGCAGCUCCGCCCCGACACCGCCCUGCCCUACUGGCCCCACCCAGAGGUCGGCAGCCCCGGUGGCAAAACCAUGGUCAGUCCUGGCGCCGCCGCCACCACCGGCAACACUGACAUCCCCUUUUCGCCCAUGCAAGACCGCAGGCGCCUGCUCUCCUCGGGAUUCACCUCCCCGCUCGGCCUGGACCUCUCCACCACGGGUGGGUCCCCCCCCAGCCGAUCUGCCGCACCCUGCAGAACCCACGGCUCGGCCGGCUCCCAGAGUGAGCCCCUAGAUCUGUCCAUGCCGAAGGCCCCGGCACCAGAGCACCAGAGGGAGAGGGCCUGUAACGGCACGUCGCGGGCCGAGAGGAGAGACUCAGAGGGGCUGUACAGGAGGCUGACACCACCCCCGCAGCAGCUGCCGGGGUAUGGGGGGGCUCCGCCACUCCAACCGGGCGGUCCCUUCGGGGGAGCCCCAAUGUUCGGGGGCUCCGUCUACGGAGCCUACCCUCUCUUCAAUCCCAUGAUUCCCGCCGGACUCCAAGGCACGGGGCACGAGAGCAUGCCGUCGCUUCCUGUCAACAGGGCGGCGCCUAACGCCGGCUUCCUAUCGCCAAUGGCGUACAUGCUGGACUCGGACACAGAGUCUGUCCUGAAGAGGAUCCAUCAGGAGAGGCAGGCGUUAAUGGUGAGUCUCGCACAAACACACAGUCGUACAGUCAAACCGCUCGUCAGCGAGGCCUUGAACCGCGGCUGCCUCGACUACCUCUCUGUGGUGGGGGAGGAGGGGCUGGAUGGAGACGGAGGCCCGGGGCGCAAGAGGCUGAGGAAGACGGAGGAGGGCCUGUACGCCUGCGACAUCUGCGACAAGACAUUCCAGAAAAGCAGCUCGCUGCUACGUCACAAGUAUGAGCACACAGGGAAACGUCCCCACGAGUGCAAGAUCUGCAAGAAGGCCUUCAAGCACAAGCACCACUUAAUCGAGCACAGCCGCCUACACUCUGGCGAGAAACCCUACCAGUGUGACAAGUGUGGCAAGCGCUUCUCGCACUCUGGCUCCUACUCCCAGCACAUGAACCACCGCUACGCCUACUGCAGCCGGGACCACGACCCAGACGCCGACGGCCUGGCUGAGGAGUUGUCCAUGGGGGAAGAGCCUCGCUACCAGACCCCGGGCCUGGACCUCGCUCCUGAGCAGAGCACAGCGACCACCACCACCACCAACACCACCUCCACGACGACUCCAGAGGAGACUUCCACCUUCCUCAGCGACUCCAGCCUGGACGGAGCCUCUGGAGGGCUCAGGGAGGAGGAGGAGGAGGAGGAGGAGGAUGAGGAAGACGAGGAGGAGGAACGGGCACUGGGUAACUAUAGAGAGGAACUGAAGGCAGACUCUGAGGUUGGGGCUGAAGAUCUCCGAGGGAGCCCCAGCCCCGUACUAGAGGCGGCACUGAAGAGCCAGGAGGAGGGCGGCAGCAGGUCGAACAGAGGUGGGGGAGGGAGGGCCGAGACGAACGGGGAGGUGAAUAACCACUGUGACCGAAAUGAAGAGGAUGCAGCGAUGGAGCAGAGAUGGACACCGGAGAAAAAGAAUCGCAGCACAGAUGCCAGAUGUGAUGACCAGGCAUGAGAUAGAAUGGUCUGCAGGACGAAACGAAGUUAGCGAAGCCUCCCACACUCUGAUAAAUAAGGAGGGAAAUGUGCCAAGAGGCCAGCUGCGAUCAAAAUGUGAACAAGCCAAAAUAUCUCAAGUGCCUGAGGAUAGUCAAAGCCAUUUUAAAAGACCUUGUUCUUUUCUACCUGCAUUCCAAAUCAUCAGUCACACACUUUAAAAUGUGUCUCUAAAACUGAUUGUAAAUAAACCUGGAAGAUUCACCGAAAAGAGAAAGACUCCAAUUAAUUCGGUUUCCAGUUUCAGUUUAUUUUUUAGAACAUCUGUACAUAAUAUCAACCAUACAGCAGACCUGUAGUUGAAUCCAAAUCACAAGAAGAGUGAUAUGCACAUAUAUAUAUAUAUAUAUAUAUAUAUAUAUAUAUUAACAGGCACUGGUGAAGGACAGUCUCUCAUACAAGCUCAUAACUCUUUACUGAGAAAACAUUCACUCCACUGAACCACUGAAACUCCUCUGGACUGAAAACCACUGACUAUGGGCUCUCGGCAGCAUUUCAUACCAUGCCGCUCAAAACCUAUUUACAUUUCCAGGAGAAAUGACACUUUCUCGUAACGCUUGUUGAAAUGUUUUCAACAUCAGGACAUUUGCCUGUGCCUUUCCCACCCAGCUGUGCAAUAGCCAACCGUCUCACUACAUGACAGAUCAGACAGUGCUUGUCAUGUAAACACAGACAUUCUGUGUGGACAGACAGAUGAAACUUGGAGAGCUUUACCGUGUCAAUUUUAUGACAGUUUUAAUUCUUUGUUAGUUCGAAAUUCUAGGAGAAGUGGCCUCGUGGCUAAGACCACACAGUAUUACAAAGUGUCUGUAAUAAAUGCUCUGUUGCUGCAGUAUUUAUAAAGUGAUGGGUGAGACAAUUAUUUUAAAGAUGGCACCACAAAUACACCCAAUCAUCUAACCAUGCUCAUGUUUACGGGAUUCUCAGAUGCAGAGUUUGGCAGCCGUGGGCCUCAACCGGGCCUGAAAGUUGAUCCUUUUAGUAAAGUUGAGUUUACAAAAACAUUAUUUAAGGCCUGCACAUGUCUGAAGACUGUUCUGCAUGCGAAGCAUAUGGUUCUUAUGCCUUGUAUGCCUUGUAAUGUGUGUGAAGCUUUGAACUACAAACACUGUGACUCGUCUGACACCAGAUUUUAAGUCAGUGUUGAGCUGUCCUGUGAUCAACUCUGUAGCUUCUCUCCAUACUGUCGCAGACUUUCUGUCUGGUGGAAACGCAAAGAAUUAUGCACCUCUUUUCUCUUCAGUUGAGGUUGUGAACCUUUGUAGCUUGUACUGCAACAUUACACAACGUGGUUACUAAUGUGGUGCUCAGCCUGCGCUUGUUGUUAAGCUUUAAAUACGAAGUUUUUUGCUUUAAAACAUAAACAUCUUUACUAUGCAUCUCAAUUGUGUAAAAUGCUCUGUUCUGUUUCACUUCUGUUUUUUUUCCUUAUCAGUGGAAGAUUGGUGUACUGGUGUUAAAAGUAAAAACAAAUCGCAUCAGUCCCCAAUGAAUUUGUUUACAAAUUCCUUUUUUUUUACUGUGGUGUUGCCAAGCAACAUUGGCAAGUUAGAAAUCACUUGUUUUCAAAUUCCAUCUCUUAAGCUUUUUAUACAAUUUUGUAAUAAGUAUUUUCAAUUGUGAAUACAAUUUUGUAAUAAAGAUGUACAUAUUUUGA